UUCGUCAGAAGUCAAUGUGGCCAAAGACUAUCGUGACUUCUCAAGAUGUCUAAAUCGGGAUGACUUCUAGAAGAAGAUGGAAGUCUAUGAAGCUAGCUGUACUUGACUUCUUCAGCCCUGGCAGAACGUGGUGAGUUCCGUCAAAGUAACUCUUCCUAAACACGAAGCUUUCGUGCGCGCAAUAUCCAAUUCUCAUAAAGUUUGAAACAACCUUUUGGCAUGAGGGAAAGCAUCUUUAAAACAAGUUAUAUCUUUCUUCUCCUUCGACUUCAACUCCUCUCUCCGUCCAUCCUUCAGUCUUCCCGUCUUUCAUGAUUCUAUGAUCUUCGUGACCUCCAAGCUUAGCAGAUAUCACUUUCAUCCAACUUGAUCUCCGUGGUCAUCAUGGCCGCUCCCUCCACAUCGGUCAUCGAGACCAAGGUCGUGAUCCAUCCAUCAGCUUCGAGCGUCAUAAUCAACGUAAUCAUGCCAACACAAGCAUCGCCCGCCGGAAACUCGACCAAUAACAUCACCGCCAAAGCCCAAGACCAUCCGAUCUUCAAAGCCGACAAGGAGGGCAUCACCGCAUUGGUAAUUCUUGUAGCUAUCUUCGCCUUCUUCCUGGGAAUGAUACUCCGCGAUCUUCUUAACAAGAGACGCACUGGCGAGUUCAGGGAAGACAAGAAAAGUUGUCGAAACUUUCUUCGACUACUUUUCUGUCUGCCUUGUCUGGUCUGUAGCAAAGACAACGUGAGGCGACUAUGGAUCAAAUCUACGAAUCUCUUCCGCUCCAAGGACAACCAGCGCGCUGUGAAGAAGUCGGAUCAGAACGGCAUCGAACUGUUCGAAAGAAUCGAGAGUGGGAAGUCCACUGAGAGAUUUGGUGAUAACUGGCUGCCUAAGAAGGCCCUUGGUUCAGAGACAAUGAAGAAAAAGAAGAAGUCCAAAGGCAAGGCCAUUGAUACGAGCGGUCUCCCUCAAGUCACCGAGGUCGGCGUAGACCCAGAUCAUAUUGACCCUGGCAAAGACGACGAAGGCUUUACAGCUACUCCUGUUCAUGGAGCCGGCUCAGGGGCUACCCGACAUGAUAACGCUUUGGGUGUUCAUAACCACGGAGAUUCGUCCACCCAGACGGCGGGUUCUAGCUCGACAAGCCACCAUCACGGCGCUGGUUCAAGUUCUACUUCUGCCGGUCACAACCGUUGGUUCUCGUCCGGCCGUAGCCAUAGCAAUAGCUAUGGCCACAGUCAUAGCAACUCCCACAGCUAUCAUCAUGGGUCGCAUUCUCAUGAUUACGGUCACACUGACUCUGGUGGCUUUGAUGGAUGUGAUGGCGGCGACUAAUGCUGGGUACACGUGUGAUGUUUUUGGAGACUUUGUACCGGUUGAAAACCACCCUUUGGUUAACUUACUUUCGGGAGAUUAGACUUGCUAGAAGAACAUGCUGGGGGUUGAUCGAUGGGUUCGGCUGGUAGAAUCUCGGAGGUCAAUAGAGAGUUUUCGGUGAUGGAGAGUAGACUUGGAUCGAGACACUGCUGAGCACGUAAUGCACUGUAGAGUUUCAGCAGGAAUAGAAAGGAAAGGUUUAUCUGCUGCCUGGCCAGCCGGUGAAUGUAGGUGGUCAAGAUUACACAUCAAGUUCUGGCCACGGCCAUUGAGCUCUACCAUGAGUUAUCGC